UCAUGUUUCACAUAACGAUUGUGAAUGAUGGGGAAAAUUCACCAAAAAGUGCAGUUCCCCUUCAGGUUUAGAAUAAGUAAAUUGGAAAGGUUAACUAGUUAACUUGGUAGCUUGCUAUGCUAGCAGGGGCCGUCUCUUGUAUGCCUGCAGUGAUCCCUGAGCAAUGGGAUGUAAACAAAGAAUUCUAGGAGUGUAAAACUGACUAUGGGGGUUUUAUUUUAUGUCUUGAGGCCUCUAAUAAUGUUAAAACCGUAUUUAGAAAGUCUAACUACAGGAAUAUUCAGUUGAAUGACCAUGACUGAGUACAAAUUGGAUGAUAGACUUCACAGUCCUUUUCAGACAUGUUGAAUUUUGCAAGUGUAUAGCGCUGGUCCAUAGCACAAGAGCGGCCCUGCUGAUUAGGUUUCACUCUCUGUGGGGCCGACACGAGGCUCGGCGCAACAAUACCAGGACGCCAGGGCUCAAAUCUUACUGCUGGGAUCUUGUGGGAGCUUCCAGUGGCUUAUACCUAAGUUCUGAGCCAUGCCGCUGACAGCUGCUGCUCCCUCCAACAAGAGGAAGAAGGCCAACAAGAUCAUCACAGACUUGUCCAACAUCAGCCAGAAUGACGACGAGUCAGACCCCGAAGCCUCCGAGCUGGACCUCGGCACCAAGAUCAAGACACCGAAAGAUGUGAUGCUGGAGGAGCUGUCUCUUCUCUCCAACAAGGGCUCCAAGAUGUUCAAAAUGAGGCAGCAACGGGUCGAUAAGUUCAUCGUGACCAACGAGAACAUGCAGAACCUGGAGAACCUCCUCAUGUCCCCUCCACCUGUCCCACCAAAGCCUGAGAUGGCAAAGGAGGAAGUGGUGGUGGAGGAGGUAGCGAACGAGGAGACGGAGAAGCAAAGGAGGAGGAGGGAGUACAUCCGCACCUACGUGUCGCCAUGGGAACGGGCCAUGAAGGGCAACGAGGAGCUGACGGCUACCAUGAAAGCCUGCAUGCCGGGACCGGUGCGGGGUUUCACAGACCUUCCCCAGUACAAGAGCUUCAAUAGGACAGCGCUGCCCUUUGGCGGGGUGGAGAAGAGCGCCAAGCUGAUGACCUUUGAGCUCCCCGACCUCAGCAUGGCGGCCGAAGAGCCCGAUCCCCUGCCCUCCCUACAGGCCGACAUCCGCUCACGGCCAUCCUUCAACCGCACACCCAUCGGAUGGGUGUGCAGCGAGGACAACACGCACAUCCACAUGGAACUGGACAUCCCUUUUGAUGGGGAGACCGACGACCUCUGAGCGCACACACACACAUGCACGUAUACUCCAGUAUACACAUACUUGGUAGUACACUUAAGUCCAUGCUGCCAACCCCCUAAUAUUUAUACUGAAUACAAACAGAGAAGCAUUAGUUGCAGGCACCCUGUUCGUGUUUGGAUAUUGCUUAAAUUGCAUGGAGAUGAAAAAUGACUUGUUGUUAAAACUGUGAUUUUGCAUUGCUAACAUGCUAACGUGUGACAAAAAAAGUACUCUGCACUAUUGUAAAAAAGUAUU